AUGCAUUUAAUAUCAUAUCAUGAAGUAGUAGGUUCAGGGAACCCUUUAGGUAUUUCAGCUAAUUAUGAUAGAUUACCUUUUGCUCCUUAUUUUGUGUUUAAAGAUUUAAUUACUAUCUUUUUAUUCUUUAUAGUAUUAUCUGUAUUUGUUUUCUUUAUGCCUAAUGUAUUAGGUGAUAGUGAAAAUUAUAUUAUGGCUAACCCUAUGCAAACUCCACCGGCUAUUGUACCUGAAUGA